GUCCUCCCACAACGCCCAAUCCUUCUUUCGACUUGAGAAUACCCAUGUCCAACCAUAUCUCCGCGGCCUCUUACCCGCCAUUGACAAGAUAACCUACGGUCUGCCUCAUUUCUCCCAGAUCGCGACCGGCGUUCUUCGACCGAAGUGGUGGAGGAGGUGAAUAUGGCGUCCACAACACCCCAAUCGAUCACACCGAGGAGGUCAAAAGAUUCGGACAAGAUAGGCAGUUUCCAACGUCAUGAAGAGAUAGGCCGGGGCAGCUUUGCCACGGUCUACAAGGCUGUUCAUACGAGCGGAUCGGGCACGCAGAGCAUCGUUGCAAUCAAGUCGGUCAAUAUGUCCAAGCUGAACAAGAAGCUGAAAGACAACCUUACAUCGGAGAUCUCCAUCCUCAAGGGACUUCAUCAUCCACACAUUGUUGCCCUGAUCGAUUGCAAAGAAUCAAGCGCACAUAUUCACUUGGUCAUGGAAUAUGUGGCACUCGGAGACCUUUCACAUUUCAUCAAGAGACGGGAUCAGAUCAAGGAUAGCGAGCUCGUCGGAAAUAUGAUGGUCAAAUACCCAAACCCUCGACAAGGUGGUCUGCACGAGGUGGUUGUCCGACAUUUCCUGCAACAACUUGCGAGCGCCUUACAGUUUCUGCGAGCUCGAAACCUCAUUCACCGCGACGUCAAGCCACAGAACCUCCUCCUUAAUCCAUCACCCGCAUAUUUCCAGAACCACAAACCUAAGCCGAUGCCUUACCAACCCAGCGAUAACGCUCUUGAACCAGUGUGCGGUAUCAGAUCUCUCCCUAUGCUCAAGAUUGCCGAUUUUGGGUUUGCCAGGUCAUUACCGUCAACAGCGCUUGCAGAAACUCUGUGCGGCUCUCCCCUAUACAUGGCCCCCGAGAUUUUGAGAUAUGAGAAAUACGAUGCCAAAGCCGACCUUUGGUCCGUCGGAACUGUUUUGUACGAAAUGGUGACCGCCAGACCACCUUUCCGAGCAUCCAACCAUGUGGAACUGCUCCGCAAGAUUGAGAAGAGUGAAGAUAGGAUCAAGUUUGGUGAAGAAUUUAUGGUUUCAGAGGAUAUGAAAAAGCUCAUUCGGGCGUUACUUAAGAGGGACCCGAAAGAACGCCUAUCAUUCCCUGAUUUCUUCAGCAACGAGAUCAUCACAGGGUCCAUCCCAGGUCUGCAUCCUGAGGAUAUGCCUGAACAACCCACACCACCCGAAACCGACCGCCGGCGAAACAGUCGCACUGACCCGACUGGCCUGGCUCGUCCUGGCUCCAGAAAGGAACCGGAGAGCCCUUAUGGCGAUGCUUCCAAGACUGUAUCGGACGAGAAUCUACCACGGCGAUAUUCUCUUACCCGAAAGCCGUCUGUGGCACGGGAUCAACUUGCCAUGCAACGACGACCGUCUGAUGAGCGAGUGGCGUCCCCACCAAGCUCGGCAGAGCCUCGCCCUGCUUUACACCCACAUGCUACGGCUCCAGGAAGACAAGAAUUAGUAUAUCGGCCUUCUGCGACUCCUAUGGCCCGGCAAACGAGUGCAGGUUCGCAUAAGCUGCCGCCCUCAUCGUUACGAGGCCAAGUAUAUGAUGAAGCUCAGGGCAUAGCUCUUCGAAAACAACAGCAACAAGAGGAGAAAGAACGGGAACGAGCUGCACAAGACAUCGCAUUUGAACGUGACUACGUUCUAGUGGAGAAGAAAGCGGUCGAGGUCAAUGCUCUGGCGGAUGAAAUCGACGCUAACCCACGACUAAACAAGAACAGCCCUUCAGCACUCUCACCAAAGGCAGGAGCGAUGGUACGCAGAGCAACCACCCAAGGGGCUCCUGGCUCCGUGACUGGUGCUCAAACCAGUGCCUCCCGUGCCGUUCAGAUUGCUUCGGGCAGAAGGCCUGAUGCCCUCCAUAACCGACAAAGCUCUUACGAACGACGAUACGGACCAAGUCCGAACUCAGCAACAUCGGCCAUCUCGAAAGCCCUUAAUAUGGCGAGCGGUCGGUUGUUUGGCGUCGGCUUCUCUCCGCCAGUCAACCUCGUACGUGGAGGAAAGUCACCUCCCAUCACCUACAGUCCUUUCCCGACAUAUCCUGGCGCUCAAAGCAGCCUUGUAGUGGUCGGCGACGCCACCAAGACCCCUGCUGCCGAUGAAGAUACCAAAUUCGUGCAAAUCGUCGAGGAGAUUGCCACUAGGAGUGACGUGGUGUACGGGUUUGCAGAAGUCAAAUACAAGCAGCUUACCCCGGCAAUUCCUUCGCAGCCCGGACUCGGCUUACGAAAUACUUCCGGCGAAGGCGGUCAAGAGAGUCCAUUCGGUGCGUCUAAUGAAGACUUGACAGUUGAGGCCACUGUGAUUGUUGCAGAAGAAGCUCUGGUGCUGUACGUCAAAGCACUGGCGCUCUUGGCCAAAGCUAUGGACAUCGCUGCUCGUUGGUGGCAUCGCAAGAGCCGGGCGGAUGGACCAAAUGACGCUGGAUCGUACCGGUCCUCUGCUGCCUCGGCAGCAGCUGGACAGAGGAUGAAUAACGUUGUGCAAUGGAUCAGAAGUCGUUUCAACGAAGUAUUGGAGAAGGCAGAUCUUGUUCGGUUGAAACUCAUCGACAGCCAGCGGCGAUUGCCCGAAGACCAUCCAAGCCACCCCAAUAACAUCUCUACCACUACGGCUUCCAGUGCUGGGAUGGGCACGUCGGCAGAUCAAGUGGUGGUCAGCUCCGGCAUCACAGCCGAGAAGCUCAUGUACGACCGUGCUCUAGAGAUGAGCCGUGCUGCUGCAAUCAAUGAGCUGACCAACGAAGACUUGCCUGGGUGCGAGAUAUCCUAUGUCACGGCUAUUCGUAUGCUUGAGGCAGUCUUGGAAAGUGAUGAAGACAACGUGACCAGAAAUGGCAGCACCACGAGUGAUCAAGAUGAGAAGGAGGAUACGGCGCCUAUCAACGGACUUGAGGCUGAAGAUAGGAGGACUGUGAAAAGCAUGGUUAACAGUAUCCGUGGAAGACUUACGAUCAUCCGACGAAAGCUUCAAGUCAUCCAGAAGCGAGCAUCAGCACCGUCGAUAUCUUCACCCAGAGCAUCUCCUCCUCUGGGUCACCGCGGCAGCAAUCCGACAGCUGCUCUUGUUACGCCACCACGAUAACGAUUAACAUUUACGAACUUCAGCAUUGCGAGUGUGAUUUUGAGACGAGCAUACGGUGGUCUCAGUGUGGGCGUUGAUCAUGCGAGGGUUGGCGUUGGUACCAUCGGUCGACUCUCCGUUCAUGUUCGAGUCUACACCCAGCAUCGUGGACUCGUUCGAUAUGUAAUUACUUUCUAUUUUUAUGCGUCGUUGGCUCCGGCGAAUGGUGGGGAGCUUGUACAGGUUGAAAACGGGCAUAUUACGGCGUAUUGGGCUUUGCUGUUCACAAGAACAGAUUGAAUACCUCCAAUAUGAUGAAGAGACGGUCGAGCUUGUCACAGAGAUUGGACAUGGAAGAUACCCCUGGUCAUGGGAAUGGAGACACUGGAGCUGGCGCCAUGGGCGCUGAAGGAACUUCAAGCAUGCUGCGUGACAAUCUGUUGUGGUGUGUUUUUAUGCGCUCAUCCUCGAUGACACCAAGAUUGGGCAUGGAUGUUAGCCGACUGCAGUCAGUCGUGCAA